UUCAAUUUCUGGCAAGAGGCCCCCUCCUGCUUCUUUGCCUUCCGCUUCUCCCAAAACCCACGACAUCGCUUCCAAAAUUUAAAUACAAAGUUCCAAUAUCCACCAGUUGAUUGCUCUGACAACUUCUCUGUUUAAAACCCACUCCUCAAAUUAAAAAAACAAAAAACAGCAUCUUCCUCUUCCUCUUUAUGUCACUGUGAGCCCCUAAAAUCCCCAAUCUCCUUUCUCUUUCCCAAUAUCGCCUCCAUUAACCCACUCACCCUUCUAUUUCUUCAUACUCCUUCAAAUGGCUUCCCUCUAUCUUCCUCUCUUUCCCCUUUUAAUGGCCGUUCUCCUUUCUGUUCAAUCCAAGACCCAUUGGGAAGACAUCCAAGUCCUGCAACAGCUCAAGAAUGCUUUGGACCCAACUUCCAUCUCCUCUGGUUCUUGUGUAGAUUCUUGGGAUUUUUCUCUCGACCCAUGUGACAAUCUCUUCGGCCAGAAAUUCACUUGUGGUUUCCGCUGCGAUACUGUCAUCUCCGGCGUUUCCAGAGUUACCGAGGUUAACCUCGACCAGGCUGGUUACUCCGGCUCCCUUUCCUCUGUGUUUUGGAACCUCCCUUUCCUGCAAACGCUUGAUUUGUCUAACAAUUUUUUCUCUGGUUCUAUUCCUAACUCGUUUUCCAAUUUGACACGGUUGCGUUCACUGAGUCUAUCUGCUAACUCGUUUUCCGGCGAGGUUCCACCGUCACUGGGCUCGCUCUCUGUGUUGGAAGAGCUGUAUUUGAAUGGAAAUGGAUUUAAUGGUUCUGUUCCGGCGAGUUUUGUGGGGCUUGUUAGUCUGCAGCGGUUGGAAUUGCAGUCGAAUGGGUUCACGGGUGCUUUUCCCAACUUGGGGGUUUUGAAGAAUUUGUAUUAUUUGGAUGGUAGUGAUAAUGGGUUUUCUGGCGAGCUUCCGGCUGUUCUUCCGACGUCAUUGGUUCAAUUGUCGAUGAGGAAUAAUAGCUUUGUAGGGGUGGUUCCGAGUAGCAUUCGGGAUUUGGUUAAUCUUCAAGUUGUGGAUCUGAGUCACAACCGACUCGGUGGCUCUGUUCCGGCGGUUCUGUUUGAACAUCCGUCUUUGGAGCAACUUACGCUCUCUUUCAACCAAUUCUCUGCCGUGGAAACCCCAGAUUCUGACGGCGUUCGGAGCGAACUUAUAGCCGUCGAUUUGAGCGACAAUGAAAUUACUGGAUUUCUGCCGCCGUUCAUGGCGUUGAUGCCGAAGCUCUCUGCUUUGUCACUAGAGAACAACAACUUCACUGGAAUGAUUCCAAUUCUCUACGCCUUCAAAAUCGCCGCACCGGAGCCCGGAAUCUCACCGUUCGUGAGGCUGUUGUUGGGCGGUAACUAUCUGUUCGGCCCAAUCCCAGAGCCCCUACGACGGAUGAAACCCGACUCCGCCACCGUCCGACUCGCUGGAAACUGCCUGUUUCGGUGCCCGACGUUGUUCUUCUUCUGUCAAGGAGGCGAGCAAAAAUCCCUCGCCGAAUGCCGGAGCGCCGGCCCGGUAAUACCAUAAAAAGAAACAGAGAACAAGAAAGAAAAUCUCUGAUUAGAAUAAUGUUCAUAAUAUGAAAGUGUGUUGUUUAGGUUCUGAAGAUUGAUUGAUUUAGCUAUGUUAUCUUUUUCCUUCAUUAAUGGGGAAAUUGGGACUUUGUUUAAUUGGAAACCAUCUGAAAUUGUUGUAAUGAUAAUAAUGGUUGAUAAAUAAGUAAUGGGGAAUUGGGACUAUAUAUUUUGCUUUCUA